AUGACGGGUACACAAGCAGAUCGUUCCAACGAUCGGCAGGGAUUUCGCUUCGCAUGGCCUUUUCCAAAGCAUCCAAGUGCUCUUUACAAAAUGAAGUCGUACUUGACGAUGAGUUUUAUCAGCUCCCUGUCAAAAGUCAUGUUUUUGGGAGGUUGGCCACAACUUAUGCCUAAGGAUAAAAAUUCAACGACAUUUCAGGUGCAAACAAGCUGGUGGCUCACAAUAAAGAACGUUUUCUAAAUCUUCUUCAAGAUAAGUCACGUCCACUUCUGACUGUUUCCAACCAUCGGUCCAACAUAGACGAUCCGCUUAUGUGGGGUGAGUUUUGGAAUUACAAAAACACGUUCGCUUUUAAGCUAUUCUCACCUAUAGAGAAUUUCUCCGGAGCAUCGAUCGGAAUCGGUACACAUUAGCCGCUCACAACAUAUGCUUCACAAAACAGUUCCACACGACGUACGCUGAAUUCCUCUUUUUUUUGUAUUUCAAAAUAAUUUUUCAAAAAGAGUAACUUAAGUAUGUUCUCCUUGGGCCGAUGCGUUCCUAUCGUUCGCGGCGAAGGCGUGUAUCAAAAAGCGAUGGAUUUUUGCGUCGAACAACUGGAUCAAAACCAAUGGGUCCACAUUUUCCCCGAAGGACGCGUUGUCGAUAUUCAAACUGAACCUUUAAGGUAUUUGAUACGGAAAAUAUGAUCCAGCAUCGAAAGCAUUUUUAAUUUCAAUGUCCAGAUCAGCUUUAAUUUGUAAAUUUUGAGAUUGAAGUGGGGCGUGGGUCGCUUAAUAAUGGAUGUGAAAAAAGAUCCCAUCGUUUUACCUAUCUGGUGCAAAAAUAUGGAGAAGGUCUGGCCAGUGAAACCACCAUACUAUCCUCGCUUCGGACACGUAAGAUUUUUGAAACGUUUUUUUAAAUAAAUUACUGAUGUAACAUUACUUCGAGAAUCAUUUUUUUAUGUCUUAAAAUGGAAUCUGUAGAAGAAAAAUCUGUUAAAAAAAUUUGGAGAAUCCUAGCUACGUUUGAGGAAACUUCAAACGAGUAUCACUUCAAAAAAAGCUUUUUUUGUUGUUUUUUUCUUCAUUUUGAACUUCUUCGCGUUAGAGCGCUCAAGUGAGGAUUUUUAAACACUUUUCAUUGACUUUUUUCAAAUAUUUUUUCCGUUAAUUUUUUUUUUUCAAAGUUGUGAUUUUUAGAAGGUAGACAUUUUCAUCGGUGAGCCAUUCGACCUUGCUUCUCUGAAACGGGAAGUUGAACAAUGCGAAGAUUUGACGACGGAAGAUCGGCGUAAGAUUCUGACAGACGAAAUCCAACGACGGAUUUACCUGCUCGGGGAACAAGUUGGCGAUGUUCCAAAAGGAGCUAUUGAGGCUUUGGCUCAACGACAUAAAUUGUUACCUAGUCAACGUUAA